AUGCUCGAAUCUAAAGACACGCUCGAGCAGUUGGCUGCAAAAGCGGGCGAAACAGGUCCACAGGCGGACAAGGCGCGGUCCAUCCUCGUCACACAUUGGUUAAUGGAGAAUUACGAGCAGCGCGAAGGGAUAAGCAUUCCGCGGAGCAACCUCUACGAUCACUAUUGCUCGUACUGCGUGGAUCACAAGAUCGACCCGGUGAAUUCUGCUUCGUUUGGCAAGCUCAUCAGAAGCGUGUUCCCGGACAUCAAAACGAGAAGACUGGGGACGAGGGGAAAGUCAAAGUAUCACUACUGCGGAAUACAGAUGCGGAAUGAGAGCGCUUCUGUGGCGCUUGGGGAAGGCUACACGUCGUCGAUUAGGAGCUCGUCUGCACGGCGUGGCGAAUCGCAAGCUUCGUCGCCGACACCUCCAGCAGGGCUUGUCGGGGAUCAUGAUUCCGGCAUAUCUGUCCAACAUGGUCAUACUCAACACGGGAAGCAACAGCUUCAAAGUUUACAGCCAUCAGAAGAAUCGGUUGAACAGGGGCAACAAGGAGGAGGCGACACACCCCAAGACCAGCAACUCGAAGAACAAGACCCCACCAAAUCUCACAUCGCACAAAUGCCCGCCCUCCCAGCCCUCGACCCAUCACAACUUUCCCCAAAUCUCGACUACACCGCCUGCCAGUUGUUCCUCGAGGGCUACAAACAGCACUGCCAGGAGUUGUUGCAGAGCAUACAGUGCAUGAAGUUCAACGAGGUCGAGGGGAUCAUACGCGAGUAUUGGGAAGGGUUGUCGACGCAGGAUAGGGAGAUUGUGAAUAGCCCGGAUAUUAUUGAGUAUAUUUGGCGGUAUGAUUCUUUGCUGUAUGAUACGAUAAUGAACCUCCUCCUCCCCAACGUCCUCCAAAUGAUGCCCAUCCAAAUAAUUCAAGCCGUCCGGCAAUUCGCCCGCCAACUCGAACCUUGGAUGCUCGCCUCCCUGCACACACAAUCCCCCCUCCUAACAACCCGCAAAAUCGAAGUCGUCAAAGUCUUCAUCCAACAACUCCGCCGCCACACCUCCCUAAACCACCUCGCCCAAGCCACCGCCGCCGUCCUCGACAACCCCGACCAAGUCGCCCAGAUGCUGGCCGAUUGGAACAGAAUCGAUUUCGAGAAUAUCCUCGAUCAGGCCUCUUGGGUAUGCGAGUGCCGGAAACAGGACGUGGUGCAGUUAAUGGAGCUCGAUUUCCGCGCGUUGUUAUCCUCCGGCUCUUCCUUACAGCAUUGGACGACCUGGCUCGAAACCUGCGUGAACCGGUUCCUCGCCCCCUCGCUCUCGCUCGACCCAACGCGCUACGUGUACGUCGCGCGGCAGUUUUUGUUGAAGUGGGCGUUUUUCAGCAGUUUGGCUAUGCGGGAUUUGACGUUGAGGAGCGCCACGAGUUUUGGGAGCUUUCAUUUGUUGAGGUUGUUGUUUGAUGAGUAUGUGUUUUAUCUGGUCGAGCAGAGGAUUGCGAAUGUUAAGGCUUUUGAGGAGGAGCAGUCGCAGGUGGUGCAGGCGGUGCAACAGGUGCAGGUCGUGGAUCCGCAGGCGGUGCAGAGUUCGUCGGAGCAUCUGGUGGCGGGGCUGGGGACGCCGCCGUUGGGACAGAUGCAGUGGUGA